UGACAGGAAGCCAACCGCCUUGCCUGCUGCCCGCCAGAGUCUGUGGUGUUGGCAUCAGCUUGGGCAGGUGUGCCGGCACAGGAUGGGGUGGCCAUGGUGAGGAACCCCCACUCUCAGCUUUGCAGCCCCCUCCCCAAGCCGACAUGAGUGACAAGUUGGAGCUGCUGUGGCCGUUGUCAGUACCAAUGCUGCUGCUGUUGGGGGCCACAGCCUGGCUGUGUGCCCGCUGCUCCCGCCCAGGGGUGAAGAGAAAUGAGAAAAUCUACGAGCAGAGGAACCAGCAAGAAAAUGAACAGAGCUUUACCCUGGCUCAGACCUACUCCCUGGCCAGACCAGUGUGGCCAGGACCCCUGAGGGACACAGCUUUGGAUAAGCCAUCUGAAAGGAAGAACAAGCUGCUGUUCUCUCACCUCGAAGGUCCUGAGUCCCUUAGGUACCAGAACUUCUACAAAGGCAGCAGCCACGAGCCUGAUGCGACCUAUGUAGAUCCCAUCUCCACAGACUACUACAACUGGGGAUGUUCGCAGAAGCCCCCAGAAGAGGAUGACUCCAACUCCUAUGAGAAUGUGCUCAUCUGCAAGCCCAGCGCCCCGGACUCUGGUGGCGAGGACGCCGAGGAUUACCAGAACUCGCUAUCCAUCCGAGAGUGGAAAGAAUCCAGGAGGACAGUGGGUGCACCGGUGUCCCUAUCAGGGAGCCCAGAUGAGGAGCCAGAUUACGUGAACGGGGAUGUGGCUGCUGCCGAGAACAUCUAGGGGAGAAUCAAUCAGAAGGAAGGCCCGAGGGAAUCAUGAUUUGAAGCAUUCAUUGCCUGCUGAAGCCUGUUUCCCAGGAAUGCUCAAGCUUCAGACCUGGCUGUGGCUCUUCUUGGGAGUCGUUCCAGAACACCCUGACCCACAGCCUGGGAGACACUUGGACUCACCAGGGCUGCAACCUCCAAGCAAUGCCCUGGACUUCUCUGGGGGCAAAGCAGGUGCCUGGGGACAUUGGCUGUGCUAAGUGGAAGCCAGGACCUGAGGCAAGCUGCGUCCCCAGUACAUCUAAAACUUGGCACAACAAAAUCACUCACGCUGGUCUCAAGCUUGCAAUCCUCCAGCCUCAGCCCUAGUGCUGGGAUCACAGGGUUUAUCACUACCUUGUAUCUUUUUUCCUUGUUUGAACCUCAGAUUGCUUAUGAAUGUUGGUUUCUGGUCAUGUUACCUGUUUCUGUGGUUAACUGCUAUUGUUGGAGCCAUACUUACUAUUGUCAAUGUCAGGGGGACUUCCUGUCUUUCAGAAAGCAUUACAUGAACUAACUUUUAACAGAUGAAUGGGGUGUAGGGUAACCUUGGAUCUUCUUGUUCUCUUAGUGGGCUCCAAUUUGCUCAGAUUUAUCACCCAUUCCUGCAGGGACCUUGUGGGUCAGUGAUAGGGACACAAAACUGGUCCUCACCAACCAUCAAUAAACCCAGAGUUCAAGAGCAG